AUGGCCGAGAAACGGCCAAGGAAGAGGCGCAAGACGGCCUUGCCGCGCGCGCAAGAGGCCCCGCGGUACGAGUUCGGCGCGCUCGUGCGCAACAACGAGGGCCUGCGUGAGUAUGCCACCGAGUCAGCCGGCGGGCAAGUCGGGCUGGACCUAUCGUCGCGCGCGGCCACGCUGGCGCUCACACGCGCCAUCCUCCGCGACCACUUCAACCUCACCCUCGCCUUGCCGGAAGGCCAGCUCGUCCCGACUGUGCCCAACCGCGUGCAGUACCUCACCUGGGCGGCGGAGCUGCUCUCCGGCGACGCACCGCAGCGCCGCUGCGUCGUUGUCGACGUCGGCACCGGGCCGUCCUGCAUAUACGCUAUGCUUGGCGCUCGCUUAUUCCCGAAUUGGGAGUUCGUGGCGACUGACACGGAUGAGGUUGCGAUAGAAACAGCUCGCCGGAAUGCUGAGGAGAACAAAUUGGGGUCACGUAGUCAACUUGUCACUACCGGUGGCGAGUUUGCUUUUCUAUGCCGUUUGGCAAACGAAUCUAUACAUGCACCGAGCGUAGAAUGGUUCACAAGUCUCGUGGGCCGCAAGGUGGACCUACCCAAAAUUGUUGCCUUCCUUCGCUCCUCUCGAAUCCGAGCCCCAUACGUAAAAACCGUUGAGCUCUCGCAAGGCGGGAGGACAACGCGAUGGGCUGUCGCCUGGUCGUUUGGUCAGGAAAGAUCUGUUAUCAGAUUUGUAGAUGAGCAAAGCUCCAAAUGGCGAUGCGUCUUCUCAGUGCAGCCAGGACGGAGAUACGCGAAUCAGCUCUGUGUUAACGACGUCGAGGGGGUAUUUGAAGCGGUUUUCGUCGAGCUUCAGUGGGCUAAACGAAAACAGGCAGACGUGCAAUUCCACGGACCCCAGGAUUGCGUGUUUGCCGAUACAUCUCUUCAGUUAAAAGUAUCGAAAACCGACGUAUCGAACUGCUUCUUGAUGUACAUCAAGGUCGCCGAUCGGGGAAGCGCCGGGGUGGGUGAUUUUAAAACCCUUUGCGGUGCUCUUCAGGACAUGGCGUCGCAUAUUCUUAACGAUGCUUUGGGAUGAUAUGCGUACAAGUACUCGUUUUGAUAUUGGCGAAUAAUUAAAGUGCCAUCUCACAGCAAUUCCUUGAUAAUGAUUGCGAGAAUGGCCAUCACAAAGGCGGCGAUGACGGCGCCUUGUGCAAGAGUCAUCGACGGAGAUGCCGAUGCGUUUGGGUCCUGACUUUGAGACAGCUCAAGCGCAGAGGGCUUGCCAGAGUUACUUUGCCUUUGCAAAGCGUCGAAGCUGGGGAAUUGUUCUACUUGUUGCACUUGAUUAGCGUCAAUCUCGUCAUCAUUCCACGAAAGGACCUCCACAAAUCGAAUCAAAACAUCUUCAU